GUUUAGGUAGGGCAUUGCAGACAGGACCAGUAAAGAAGAACCAUGGAAGCUAUUAGCCCUGUUUCCAGAUUUGUCAUCAAGAGGAGAGAGAAAAUCACUGCUUUGCCCCUUUACUAUUCUGGAUAUUUACUGAAGAAGUACAUUGGAGAGAAGGAUUUCAAAAGGUUCUUUGGAGAGAUACGAGGAUCCACAAUUUUCCUUUACGCAGAUGAUACCCUUGACACAUAUUCUGAGAGGGUGGAACUGCAAAAUCUGCUGGCAAUGGACACAACGAAAACCAAGACUAACCUUACGAUAUUUACCCUAACACUGCUUCAUGAAGAAAUCCAACUGAAGAUUGAUAACCCAGAUACAGCAGAAGAGUGGCGAGGCUUCAUAAUGACUGUGGCAAAACUGGAGAUCCCCCGCAGUUUGCAGCUGCUCCCGGGCCAGAUGCUGAGACUGGAGGAGGUCCUGGAGAAAGAGCGCCAGAGGACCGCCCCGUCCCUCCAGCCAAUCACAAGUGACCCGAGCUGCCUCCAGCACUGCCUGCGUCCCCACGCACCCUCCGGUUCCACUGAGACUUACGACGACGUCGUCACCGCUUUCCCCCCCUGUUUCUUCUCUGUGUCCCGUCAUGAGGCAGAGGACAUGCUGGCACAGAAUCCAAAGAAUGGGAAUAUCAUCCUACGUCCAUCCAAUGACAAUGUAAACUACGCCAUCACAGUGAUGCAGGCCUUCAACAGUGGCCCAGUUAUGAAACACUACAAGGUGCGGUCAGAAAAGUCUGGAUAUGUAAUCGAGUUGGAUGAGCCGGUGACGGUGCCCAGUCUCAACGAUGUUAUUGACCACUUUGUGAAAAUAGCUUCACUCUACCUCCGACCUUACAGCCAAGCUGAGGACUACGACACACGCAUAGAGGUGCCAUUUAACUCACCUGUUUCGCAACUGAGACCACCAAUGGCCAGAGUGGCACCCAGGAUCUGCACCCAACUGGCCCCACCCGCCACAACAAGCCGGCCCCUACCCAAAAAGCCCCUGGAGGAGGAGAAUGAAUACCUUGAUCCAGACAUCCUUGAGAAAGACUCGGGCGUCUUGGAUGAGAAACUCCCCCAGACCGGACAAAGGAACCAUCGACAGGCAGCUGGAUGGGAAAGGAAAGAGUUCUUCAAAACAACCCAUUUCUAACACAGCAUACUCUUUGCACUGACCACAGGUCUCAUGUUUAUGACCUGGAAUUGACAAGGGGAAUGUUCCUACAUACCUUGGUCUGAAAAAAAUACUACACUGCUACACAUUUUGGGAAGCUGUAGGUAAAUACCAUCCUAACAAAUGAAGGACAGAAUGCAAACUGACAGACCACAGAUCAGUAUAAUCUAUGUGUAUCACAUCUUAUGUGAAAGAAGGCCAGAAAUCUUUGUUCUUAUAUUUACAGGGUCAACGAUGCAGAACUCUACUGUUUGGGGUCAAUAAAAGUAGACUGCAAAAU